GUACACAAGUGCCGAGCAAGGUCAGACAAAUAAAAUAUUUCCAUUCCCAUGUAAAACUGCGCAGGGUCGAUCUGCAUGGAUUACUUUCAGGCCUACAUCUAUUCUUCGGCUAUUGACAACCUCUCCCUUUUCAGUGUGCAUGACUGGAGCUCUCACUAGCGCUGCUAGUGGACAAUCAAACCUACACACCCACCUCCAGACACACUCGCAUUUCUCAUUUCUUACUUCUAGUCUAAAUUAGAUAGCAAGACGUAGUGUCGGAGCUCACAGAUCGCAUUAGAAUUAGUUUCAAGUACUAGCGGUAGUUAAACAGUAAACCUUGAAAUUCAACAUGGAGUCCCCUCCAGAUCCAGCGAGCGACCCGGGCAACAGCGCCUCGGAGCCGGCUACCCCGGUCAGGGAAACCCCGGUAAACCUGGAGUCGCUCCGGAAAGCGGACCAUCCAGCCCCGGUUCGAAGGCAGACCUGUUCAAGCACCAACAGAGGUAUCUCAGUAACAAAGAAGACACAUACCUCUCAAAUCGAAAUAAUUCCCUGCAAGAUCUGUGGAGACAAAUCAUCAGGCAUCCAUUACGGAGUGAUAACAUGUGAAGGCUGUAAGGGCUUCUUCCGGAGGAGUCAGCAGAGCAAUGCAGCCUACUCCUGCCCCCGUCAGAAGAACUGCCUGAUCGACCGCACCAGCCGCAACCGCUGCCAGCACUGCCGGCUGCAGAAGUGCCUGGCAGUGGGCAUGUCACGAGAUGCGGUGAAGUUUGGCCGCAUGUCAAAGAAGCAGCGAGACAGCCUGUACGCCGAGGUCCAGAAGCACAGGCUGCAACAGCAGCAGCGUGACCACCAACAACAGCCUGGAGAGGCGGAGCCGCUCACACCUAGCUAUGGCCUCUCAGCCAAUGGCCUCACAGAGCUCCAUGACGACCUCAGCGGCUACAUGGAUGGUCACACCCCCGAUGGCAGCAAACCAGACUCGGCGGUCAGCAGCUUCUACUUGGACAUCCAGCCAUCUCCUGACCAGUCAGGCCUGGACAUCAACGGCAUCAAGCCGGAGCCCAUCUGCGACUUUGCCCCCGGCUCUGGCUUCUUCCCUUACUGCUCCUUCACCAACGGAGAAACCUCCCCCACCGUGUCCAUGGCUGAAUUAGAGCACCUGGCCCAGAACAUCUCCAAGUCACACAUGGAGACAUGUCAGUACCUGAGGGAGGAGCUGCAGCAGAUGACCUGGCAGGCCUUCCUGCAGGAGGAGGUGGAGAACUACCAGAGCAAGCCCCGGGAAGUCAUGUGGCAGCUGUGUGCUAUCAAAAUAACAGAGGCCAUUCAGUAUGUGGUGGAGUUCGCCAAGCGCAUCGACGGCUUCAUGGAGCUGUGUCAGAAUGAUCAGAUAGUGCUGCUGAAAGCAGGCUCUUUGGAAGUUGUGUUUGUCAGAAUGUGCCGUGCCUUUGACUCGCAAAACAACACAGUCUAUUUUGAUGGAAAGUAUGCCGGACCUGAUGUGUUCAAGUCAUUAGGCUGUGACGACUUGAUCAGCUCCGUCUUCGAGUUUGGGAAAAACUUGUGUUCUAUGCACCUGUCUGAGGAUGAGAUCGCCCUGUUCUCCGCCUUUGUGUUGAUGUCUGCUGACCGGUCCUGGCUCCAGGAGAAGGUGAAGGUUGAGAAACUCCAGCAGAAGAUCCAACUGGCCCUCCAGCAUGUGCUGCAGAAGAACCACAGAGAGGAUGGUAUACUCACAAAGUUGAUAUGCAAAGUGUCGACACUGCGAGCGCUGUGCAGUAGGCAUACAGAGAAGCUUACAGCUUUCAAAGCAAUAUACCCAGACAUUGUGCGUGCCCACUUCCCCCCCUUAUACAAGGAGCUGUUCGGAUCAGACUUUGAGCAGUCCAUGCCCGUUGACGGGUAGCAGCCCUGCCAGGUGCCAGUGUGCCCACCGUAGGGGAAUGUGGAGGAGGAAUCUGAGACACUUUAUUGGUGCCCUGCACAAACCAGAGCGGACAGAUGGCACGCUGUUCAACUCCUUCUUUUACAUCGAAAGGGGAGGGCUUAGGGAGUUGAUUCUCAAGGUUUACUUUACUGAAUUUAGUUCUCUUUGGAAGACUUGUGGGACCCGACACCCCAUGGGACAUGAAGAGGAGAUAGGGACAAAUAAUUUCUGUCUGGUUGAACUUGACCCUCUUUUGCGCAUUUCUAACAUGGAAUUCAUGAUUCACUUCAUUUCAUUCAUUCAUUUUCACCAGUAUUUAUUGCAUCACCUUCAUUGAGUUUAUCUGUGCAUCUGACUUGUAAUUGUAUAACCAAUUAACAAGUCACUUUUGGAAUUGAAAUAGUUUUAAGAUGUCUUUAAUGAGAAUAUAAAUCAACAUCACAAUUUUUCAGAUUACACUCCAAAACAGUUUCAGUAUUGUCAUAUUUAAAGUUUUAAAUAGUCUUAUCCCUAUCUGUCCCCAAACUGAAAUAAAUAGCUGAUAAAUGCGCACAUUUUGGUCAAGUUCAGCCAUUUUUCUCUUGUGUUCAGUUGUAUCUUUUGGACGCAGUUCCUGGAAUGAAAACUCACAGCGACUUUGAGGGAGGGUCUGUCGGCAUGGUGAUGCAAUCGGCACCUCUCUAUGGACAAUCGUUAAAAAAAAAAAAAGAAACAUAGAAUUCUGGUAAUUCUAAUGAAAAACGCAAUGAUUUUAGCUGUCAAAGACUCCAUCCACCAUUGUUGCAUAGUGAAAUCAUGUAAGGCCAUCUGCUAUUAAUCCUUCUCUGGACAGGUGCCCUGGAGAAGCACAGGGCACCAACACAAUGAAAAGGGUCCAUUCCACCUGUUUUAUAAUGUACUACAGGGUAUAUGGUCAUAAGUACUUACUAUACAGAAAAAAGUAAUGUUUAUAGAAUCUAUUUUAAAUAACAUGUAUGAUAUUAGUAGUUAGACCAUUCUUAAUUGUUGAAUUGAUAAGGCACUUUUAUUUACACUUUUCUUUAAUUUAAGACUUGUAUAUUUACCUAGUGAUGUGUUGCAUGUGCACAAGAAAUACAAGUUGAACCAUGGUCACAGAGGCUAGUCCUGGGAGCUGCAGAUGAUACUGGUCUGGAAGUGUAAGGGCUGUCUGUCAGGAUUGCUGGUGUGGCUGCUGGUUGGUGAACAAAGAGGCAUGGAUGAGAAGACAUUUUAGAGAAGCUCUGUCACCUGUUACCUCAACAACUGCCUGUCAGACACCUGUCAAAAUGUAGCUCCUAUACUCCUUUUAGCAAGUAUGGACACAUAACAGUAACAGCCAACAAACCUUCUAGUGACGUUACAGUCUCGUGGGUUUCUUGAUCUUUCUUAUGAACAGACCUGGAUUGAACAUCAUUUGUUUAAACCUUUUUGUCUAAAUAAAAAUAUUUGGUACAAAUUUUACUGUGAAAAACCUCACAUAUUAUGUGAAGAAGGGCACAAGAAAACAUAAAAAUCCAACAUUAUUGCAGCCAGAGCUUAUAAAUCAACAUUGAAUAGCCCUGAAGCCAGACUGGAAAGAUCACACAUGGACUGUAAUCCAAUUGUUCCAUCUAGUGGAAGGUAUAGAUACAGCAAGCGAGUUAACAGCCUAAGCCUGACAAAGAUGCAAGGUCUACCUAAAAGCACAUUCAUGAGCCUCUGUCAAAAUGUUUUGAGCAUUUUUUGUUGUUGUUUUUGAGUGACUUUAUUUGCCUUCUCACCACAGCCUCAGCCCACCAAUGCCACAACAGGACACAGAAGGAACAGUGAAGGGAAAGUGAAUAUUCAAAGCCUUGUCUGGUAGUAAAGCUUCUAUUUUUGUAACAUGUUUUGGUUAAUAAAGUCAUGAAAGAGAACGAGGGAGAGAAAAAGAUGUCAGGUAGCACUUAACUAUAUUCCCGCAAUAAUUAGACUAGCUGUUGUUUGUAUGAUUAGGGGAGAAACAUAAAAAUGGUAGGACAAGUGCUAUUUUCAGAAUGCUUUGUUGUUGUGUUUCCGUUAUGUUGAGUGUGUCUUUCUUGUCAGUGUGGUAGUAAAGUGGUAGAAAAAAACUCUGGAUGUGCCAAACAGUAGUCGUUGCUUCCGCUUUCCAGUCUACUCGUCUAUAAUGUAGAAUGGAUUCCUAAGACAUUCCAGCAAUCUCUGUAGCGGCUUCUAGAAAUAUCUUUUAAAAAAGAGCAAAAAAAAAAAAGAAAUGGAAAAAAAAAGAAAAGUGAUAUCCCUUUAGAAACCCAACAAAGCAUGUUAAUACAUCUGUCACCAACAGCAACAUAGAAUCCAGUUGUUUGUCUUUUGUUUUCUGUUUGCACACUAUCAUUCCUCUGCCGUGCAAUUUGCACAAGGCGUUAAUGCCUUGUGCUGUCACCCCUCAGGGACGAGUUUCUUUUGCGCUUUCUGUUUUGAGAGGACAUUUGUUUGUACUCAUUAGGUUUAGUUUAUGUUUUUUGUCAGUGAUUGAGAUUAACAUUUGAAUAUUCAUCACCGAGUGGUUUCCGAAUUUUACAUCAUUGAUGUCCAUUAGGGGCCUCCAGCCACUCAAAGACCACCACUGCGCCCCCACGGUCAAGUUCAAGAAAAUGUCAUUUGUAAAAACAACAAAACCCCAUCGCUUUUACAAACCACAGUUUUAUCAGUACACAGCAUAUUCCUGUCACACAAAAAUCUGUUUUGGUUUCAAAUGGUGUCAUCAGGGUCUUAAAAAAUGAUAACCCUCUUUAUUAGAAAAACCAAAUAUUCUUAUGCAAUACUAAAUCUGUUGUGUUUGGGUUGUGGUAUAUGCUGUACCUAAGUAAUAAUCUCUGUUAUGAUCCAAUGCUAUUUGGAUAUGCACAAGCCCUCUACGACUAGUAAACCUCAGUCUCCCAGCAAAAGAAAACCCAGUCUGGAACACUGCUAGACAAUCCAGGUUGAGAGGCCCAGUGGCCUGGCAAGAGCAGCGAAGAGGAUGAGGUAUGAACGCUCAGGGAGGUAACAGGUAGACCGAAGAAGCAGCUUGCUUUCCUCUGGACAGUUGCAGAGCAUUUGAUUAGCUCUGUUGUGAAUUUAUGAGGUCUUUAAAAUCUCUUCAAAGCACUGAGAAGAGGUAGCAUGGCACACUGAACGGUAGUUACAGCACUUACUGUUCAGAAAAUGAUAAAGAGAUGGAGAUUUGGCUGAUUUCCUGUUAUUUAUUUGCAAAAAAAAAAAAAUUUGGUUUGUUUCUUGAAAAUGAUUCCGUUUUCUUAAGCUGUUGUAAUAUUGCUUGAUGGUCACAUAAAACAGUUUUUCUCAAAUAUGAUCAGCGAAGGUCUACCACCAAAACGGUUCUCCUCUCAUAAAGUGAAAAUUUGUUUUUCAUUCAAGUCUACAUGUUUGAGUGGCAUGUAAUGUGUUCUACAAUAUAAAACAAGCAAUAUGCCUUGUGUUACAAUUACGGGUCUCUACAGUGCAGUCAUCAUCGUUUUUUAAUUGACUUUAUUCAUUCAGCUGACUCAAACUGAUAAGGUUUACUCUCAGUCUAGAACAAAAAAUAAUAAAGCCCCAUUAAUCUGUUUUCAUCUUCUUAUGUACUGGUAUUGUUGGAAGGAUAGCAGAAAAUGGUCAUCAAACACAUGAAUACUUGUGUCUAACUAAAAACUGCGCCUUCGCACAGGCCUGUAAAGUGAUGUCCUUCUGUAUAUUCUCACUUGAGAUAUCCCAAUUUACUGUAAGUAAGGGAUUGAUGCUACGUGUGCUAUUCAAUCAGUGUAUAGUAUUCAGUAAAAUGUGCUGGUCCUUCUGUCUCUGCUCUGUUGUCUGUUUGUAAAAAGCAAUAGUGUGUGUGUGUGUGUGUGUGUGUGUGUGUGCGCGCGAUUGUGUGUGUAUGUGUUUGUUCUCGCAGUGUGUGAAUAAAAUAAACCCCAGACAAGGCUUUAAUAAUUACAGAGGGAACAGGGUUAUGUGGAACGAGGAGGUCUUGAUUUUAUUUUGGGACUUUUUUUUUUUUUUUUUUUUUUUUUUUUAAAAGGCUUUGGAAUUGCUGAGCUUGAUCCAUCCAUAAAUAGGUGUAGGUUUUUAAAAGCAUGACAUAAUGCCUUCAACAAUUCAUGGGUCUGCAGGAUGCUGUGAGGCAACAUUGACCAGCUUCACAGUGCAAACAUGCUUCGCUAUCAGUUCGGACAGCACGGCAACAGCCUGAGCUGAAAUGAAUUGGAGUGAAUUCUGGACUGUAAAUUGUGAAAAAUGAGUCUUCUUGACCAUACAAAUUGUGAAGAUCAGAGUUAUGUCACGCUUAAAAGUUGUGCUGGAGUGUCGGUGUGUUACCCAGAAUUAUGAGUCAGUUGUCAUAUUUUAACAUAACUCACUUUCCAAAGCACAGCUGAUAAGGAUUUAUGAUUAAAAAUACGUUUAAGAAUAUAGUUUUAAAAAAAAAUUGAAAAGCAACUUUUAGCCAUAAUCGAAUGUCAAGCAAUAAUAUAUGUCUGUGUAUUAUUUUUGAUUCUUUUGUGCAUAAUAGUCUUUGAACAUCUGCAUGUAAAUACACCUCUUAUUUAUCACUUUUUUGGUUUUGUUUUAUUUUUGUGUUGAUUUUGUGGAUGUUUUUAUGUUUCAUCUGUAUAUUUGACCAGUUCUGUUCCCAGGUGGAGAACUAAGAACUUGACAUGGCCUGUAUGCUGUAUAUCUUAUUUUCUCUCUCUUUCUCUCUCCCCCAUUCUCGGCUGUUUAUUCACCAUAUUUAAUGUUAUUAUUGAUCACAUGUAUAAAGGUAGCUUUGUAAUUUCUGUCUGUAUAGGUAAGAGGAAAAUACUGCUACUAAGGCCUACCCAGUGAAAAUAUUUAUCUGUUUAUCAAUUACACCAUAUUGUACGAUAACUCUGUUUCUAGUUUGCUUCCCUCCUUUAGGAUUAGUUUGAUAGCGAUAGGGUGUGCUGACAUUUAUUUUGUGUUGCCCUAAUGUGUGGUGCUAGGUAAGUUAAUUUUGUGAACAAAGUAUUGAUUCCUAAGCCUGGCCACCCUAUUAGUCCAUUCAUUUCAUUGCAUAUUAAUGUAUUAUUGAUAUUAGGACUCAAUAAAUAAUAAUGAUAAUGAAAAUGAUAGUGGUAAAAAUUACCCAGCCAGUACCUGUAUCAGUGUGCUCGUCUUGGGAUAAGGCACUUAUUUCCUUCUGACUUAUAGCAAAGCUAGUAUCUGCUAAUUAACAAGCUAUUUAAGGUUGCUUUCCUGGUUUGUGGAAAAAUGAUAAUAUUCAAACUGAAACAGCAGUAUUGUGUUUUUUCUUUGUCUGAUUGUAAAAACCACUCACUGAGGCUAUAGUUUGUCAGGUUUUAAGAUACUAAAUAUUUACCUCUCUUGCGUCUGCAUAGUUCUUCACCUGAUGCAGGGAAGUGGUGCUUGGAUUUUAUUAAACAGAGCCUCGGUAUGCUUUUGUUAUUCCCCAUUUUAGACUAUCCUGAAAGUGGUUUCUUCAGACCAGUGGCAUAAACCUCUUGCACCACAUGAAGUGUUACAAAUGUACAUGAAAGAAUUGCCAUUUGAGGACAAAGUUGACCUUUUCUCUCCACUCUGUAGCAAAUAUCAGUGAGAAUAUGCUUGCAAUAAUAUACAACGUAUCACACUGAGUGCCUCUCGGUGUAACAAGAUGCAUACGUGGUUUUGAUUGUCUUUUUUUGUGGUUUUUCCAGACGUGUACUGAAGUGACAAUGUAUUUUGUACAUGAGGAUGAAUUCUCACUCUCACAUGCUUCAAAUGUUUUUUCAGAUUCUUUCUUUUAUGUGAUGGUAAUCAUUUUCACGUGGGUUGAUGCACUAUGUGAAAGGGUUUCAAUGUUUUGAUGGUCCGUUUUGAGUGUACAUGUCACAUCCCUCACCUUAUUUGAGAAACACAACUGGAAAGUUUGUUUCAUGUUGAUCUUGAAUGGUCAAAUAAAUGGUCGCAGAAAAUAUUACACAAAAGUUCACCUGCACGUUGUUUUUUGUUUUUUGCAUAGGCAAAAACUAACAGGCAAUCCACUUUUCUUCGUUUUCUGUUUGUUUUAUAUCAGCUCCUUUCUUAUUUAACGGAGAACAGAAGAUUUACUAAUGCAUUGUAUGUCAAGUAUUUGUAUGUGUUUGUAAAAAAGGCAUACAACACAUCUGGAUUUCUUUAAUGUUCUGUGUUCAACGUACGCUCAGUCGGUUGGGGUAACGUGAAGGGUGGGUGGAGCACGGGUCGAUUCUUUUUUUUCCAUGCAAAAGCAGUACAAAUUAUGGGAAAGCCGAAACUAGUGUGGUUGUCACAAAUUUCUAAGUCACACGUUUGCUACUGAUGUUAAAAUGGGGACAGAUGAUCAUGUACCUUUUUAUCCAGCUCUUUUGAACUCUCUUUAGCAGGUAGUCUAUUCACAAACGUAGUUUUGCUCCUUCUUGUCUGAUUCUUAAAUAUGAAAAUAAGUAUUUUGAUUCAUUUUGUAAAUACAGCUGUAAAGAAAAAUAAGAAAUUUAAUGUUGUCUUUUAAAUACUUUUCAUUCUAAUAUGAAUGUUGUUAUAUUGUACUUAGAAACUGUACCUUUAAUAUUACCUUUAUUAAAAGUGCAUUGGACACAUCGAUUUUAGAUGUGCUUUAUGUGCUGUUAUCCCAUAAUAAAAUUUACCGCUUGUAA